UUUGUUUGUGUGUUUGUUUGUUGGUCGUUUCCUUCCUGUCGUGUCGGUAACCGUGUUUGUCACCAGAACAAAGUUUCGUUCCGGUUUUUUCUCCUCCACCGUUACACCGUUUCCUCCUCUCAGAAAAACCUUCCGACGCUCGUGCGCGUUUCCGGUCCGCGAGCUCGACAUUUGAGCGGUCGUGGAUGAAAGGAGCCGCUCUCGGGGUUCCGUUUCUGGAAGUUAACGGCUCGUUGCCAUGGCUUCCGGAUGACGGUGAUCCCGAGGCUGGAUUUCCUGAUCCGCUGCUGAUCCAGAAGAUCCCCGGUCUAUGCAUGUUUGUGAGAAACUUUAACGGAGAAGAGAAGAACGUCCCAACACAACCUUCUCAGAACCACCAGAACAUCCCGUCUUCCAGAGGAUGGAGCGCUGAGUCGGCAGCAUGUCUCAGGGCGGUCCUUGUCUGUGGCGGCCCCUCCCUCAGAGCAGCCAGGCACCGCGGGACCGCAGCAAACACGCCUGCUGCAGUCACCGUGGAGACGUGUUUGUGCUGGGAGGACGGGACAGCGGCGCUCUCAGAGACUUCUGGAAGUACAGCGUGGUGCGUAACGAAUGGACCGAGCUGGACUGCAGUUCUGAGGUCGCCCCAGAAGAACUGGAGGAACACACCAUGGUGGCUCACAAGGGCUUCCUGUACGUGUUUGGAGGGAUGAUGGACUCUUCGUUCUCCUCCUGCAGAUUUCCUCUGUGGAUGUUUGACAUCAAGAAGCAGAUGUGGGUCGAUCCUCUUGGAGGGACCGGCUGGGUUCAGACUCUCACCCCCAGCAACAGGAAAGGCCACAGCGCCGUGGUCCUGGGCCCCACCAUGAUGAUCUACGGAGGCUUUGUGGAUGUCCGAGGUUCCUCUGAAGAACUCUGGAGUUUUCACUUUGACUCCAUGAGCUGGUGUUUGCUAGGAGGCCCCCAGCAGACCCCCCAGGGUCCUGGACCGCGGCACAGCCACUCUGCUGCGACCUUCCAGAGCAGCAUGUUCGUGUUCGGAGGUCUGAAGGGUUUGCAGGAGCAGAGAGACCUCUGGAAAUGGAACAACAGCGCCCUCAUGUGGACAUGUGUCAGCACAAAGUCCGGCCCCCCCAGGCUGAUAGGCCACUCUGCAGUGACCUACAGAGACAGCAUGCUCAUAUUUGGCGGGGGGGAGUGCCGGGAUUCCCCCCACAGCUGCCUCUGGAAGUUCAGUUUUCUCACCCAGAGGUGGAGCCGGGUUUCCAGCCUGCCGGACUCCCGCCCCCCAGGGAAGAUUCACCACUGCUGUGCCGGGAUUGGCCGAGGAUACUCGCCGUCCUCUGUCCUUCCUGCUCAGACAGGAAGCUCCCUCCAGCUGGGAGGGAAGUACAAGGCCUUCCAGAACCGCUGCUACCCGGCGUCCGCUUUCCAGGGUUUGGAGGACGCCAUCGAGCUGCAGACGCUGAACUCGGACGGGACUUCUUCAGCUCUGGAGCACCGAGACUCUCAGCUGAUCAGCAGCUGCUCGGCCUCGGAGAGCAGAGCUUUCAGGAUGAACGGCUCCCAGGAAGCUGAGGAGGAGGACUUCAGCCAACACCUCCCCGACCUGCUGCUGGUGCUGGGAGGGCGACCCGUCAGCCAUCACAGCCCCAUCUCUGUGUGGCAGAUGACGCUGAGCGACGGCUGACGUGGAGCCGGCCGUCCUGAGACUCUGUUAGAUCACAUGGAAGAGGUUCAGCUUUCUACUUGGUUUAUUCUUCUAAUAAAACAGAAAACAGCUGUUUUUA